UGGGCCGCUAUCGACCCUCUUCCAGUGCAGCCAAGAUGGCGGCCGGCGACCGCGGAGGCUCGCUCGCACCCUGGGCACGACCGGACCUGCCGCAAGCCCGCAACACUGCGAGGGCCUAGAUGUGAAAAUAAAUGUAUCGCAGCUACCUCUGCGUCGAGGUGGUGAUCCUGCUGCUCCUGUCGCACGUGGGCUGGAAUGGGCCGUCGUCGCCGCGCGUGCAGCCCUGUUCGCGGGCGCAGUCGCGCGUGGCGCGCCAGCUGGUGCGCCGCAAGGUGACCGCCGUGCUUCAGCGAUAUCGCGUCUCGCUGGGGCCCGAGUGCCCGCUGCACCCGAGCCGCGACCUCUUCUGGUGGCCGCCCGGACUGAUGGCGGACGAGGCGCCGGCUGCUGAUCCGCCGCAGCCCAGCUGGAGCUGCCCCAUGUGUGGCCGCUCUUUCUUCUGCCACGAGAAGCUCACCAGCCACUGGGACGAGGAGCACGCGGCCAACGUGGCCCCCAAGGCCGAGCGGGGGGUGUGCGUGGCCGACUAUUGCGACAUCCUGCGCUGCGAUGUACUGGGACCCCGGCUGGCGGCCGCCGAACGUGCCUCGGCCGGCGGAUCGGCAGUCGCGACCGCCCUGCAGCCCGACAAGCCCAAGGAGGUGGAGGCCCACGGUGGCCGCUGCGGCGAGCCGCCCGCCGACCAUCCACGUUGCUCUUGCGACCAGAAGCACAUGAGCGCCUUGCAGCAAAAGUGCCGGAUCGUCGUACAGCAGUGCGUCAUUGGACUGCUCUCUGUUCUUUCAGUCAAAGAUUUUCAAGACAUUGAAGAUGAACUCAACAAUAACAUCUGCUCUUACCUCACCUGCAAUAAGUACUGGGACGAUUCCCUGAACGAGGAAAGACGCGUUCCGAUGCUGUUCAGCAUGAUAAUAGGAAUAAUACUCGUCGGUGGUUUUUGCCUUUGCUACUACAUCGUUUGGAUACUUUUCGAGUCGAUUCCGCUUCCGAGCCUGAGCAGCCCAUGUGACGGGGCGCCGUACGACGACGUCUACUGCAACAGCCAGGUGCGCUUUUCCAGCUUCGGCUUGGCGUCCGGUGGCCGCGACGGGGGCCACGCACGCCAGUGUCACUGCCGGUUCGUGGGCCGCCACGCGUACCACAAGCACAGCGUGGCCGCCAGCAUGCGGUGACGCCGGCAGCGGCCAGCAAGCUGCGCUGCUCACCCCUGGUAGAAACGCUUGGGAGAAGCCGCCGGAACUGGCCGCGCGACAGCCGCGGAUUGUUGCCGCGUGGAGGCAGGUACAGAACCCAGGCUGAUCAUCAUGGCUCUUUUCACUGCUACCCCCGGGACACACUCGCACCGCCCCACUGUGGUCAGCCUGCGUGGACCCUGUUAUGUGCAUGAGGACUCGCACCCUGCAUCAUGUAUAGCUCUGUGUCGACGCGCUUACUUGCGAUGCAAUAACUCGCGCACUGAUGGCGUGUAGCCGUGCACGGGGUGUGGCUUCCGAGUGUGGCACACGGAGGGGCGGCGGACGUGCCGCUCUCAUCCGCCGCAGCGCUCCUGCUCUGCUUGCCGAGUGACUGCGUGCCUCUGUCGUGUGCCCGCUCGCAGUGCGCCGUAUACGAGGUAACUUUCACGUGUGUGUGCGUGUGUGUUUGUGUGGGUAAUUGCGAACCGAUCAAAGCGCUAGUUUUUUUUUAAAUGCGCGAGGGCUGUGUACGCUGUCUCGGGUUGCCUCUAGGCAAGCCACAUGCUCCAACGGCAGCCGCUGCAGUGCAAAAAUCGCGCGCGCCACUUCAACCUCCUCCUCGAGGCGCAGAAAACGUUUGUGCGUCGGUCCCGAUUGCGCAUUCGUUCACGGUGCUUUAAAGAAACGCACACGGUGUGCACACGCGCCUUACAUAUGUAUCG